AAAUACCUGAGGAAGAAAGGCAGCCGGGCCAUGUUCUGCCUGCCAGUUUGGAGUCCGACAGUUUGAAGAAGAACAGUUGGGGGUUCUUGUUUACUGGGAUCAUUGGUGGGACACUGGUGACAUUGUAUGCUGUGGCUACGCCAUUUAUCACACCAGCCCUCCGGAAAGUGUGUUUGCCAUUUGUGCCUGCAACUUCCAAGCAGAUUGAAAAUGUCGUGAAGAUGUUGCGACACAGAAGAGGCUCCCUGGUGGACAUUGGCAGUGGCGAUGGACGCAUUGUGAUCGCAGCUGCAAAGGAAGGGUUCCCAGCUGUGGGCUAUGAACUGAACCCCUGGCUGGUUUGGUAUUCCAGAUACCGUGCCUGGAAGGAAGGUGUGCAUGGCUCUGCCAAGUUUUAUGUCUCAGAUCUGUGGAAGGUCACCUUCACACAGUACUCCAAUGUUGUCAUUUUUGGUGUGCCCCAGAUGAUGCCACAGCUGGAGAAGAAACUUGAGCAGGAACUUGAGGAUGAUGCUAGAGUUAUCGCCUGCCGGUUCCCUUUUCCACACUGGACCCCAGACCACAUUACUGGAGAGGGGAUUGACACCGUAUGGGCGUAUGACAUGAGCAGGUUUAGAGGGCGGGAAAAGAAGGCCUGACCAUGAGAGAGCAUCAAGUAGGUGGGUCAUCCAGUAGACCUUCACGUAGGUCACAGAGCAAACUUUCCUUGACAUGGAAUGAGAAAUCACCAUUGCUGUCCUUACCCUUUGGAGAAAAGGGACAGGAUCUCAGAAAAACAUUUAGGUGUAAAGCCAGUUUCACGCAGCCUGGUUUGGCCUUGAGUUUUCUGUGUAGCUUGGGAUAACCUGAGCUUCUGGUCCUUUCUCCUCUACCUUCCUACACUUAGAUGCUUGAAGAUAUAAAUAACUGAGUCAUGUUUGUGGGCCAGAAGGUUGUCACCUGGAAGCAGUGUGGUUUAAUGCCGCAGAUGAAGAGGAAGGGGGCACUCAUGCCAAUGUCUGCAGUUUCCUACAGUUCUGUUCACAAGUGACAUUUAUCUCCAUUCUGUAGUUUGUAGCUCAAUUAAUUUUCUAAAAGAUUCAGACAGUGGCAUUUAUAUUUUAUAAUGUGUAUAAAGAAUAUAUUGCCCUAAUG